AUGGGAAAUUGUUUCGGCGGUGAUCAACCGGAUAAAGGCAAACAAACACCAGUUGGUGACCCGAAUACUGUAAAGAAGAGUAAUGGAAAACGAUUAUUGUUGGUGGGUGCAGGAGAUUCAGGAAAAAGUACGAUAUUUAAACAAUUGAAAAGAUUAUUCUCGCAAGGUUUCGCACCAGAUGAACUGCAGAAUCUGAGACCAUAUAUUUUGGAUAAUGUCAGUAGAAAUAUGAUAAACCUGUGCUAUGCCACACAACAAUUAAAUAUUCCAAUAGAUCAGGAAAAUAUAGAGAGAAGAGAUUUGUUUGCUGGUAUGUAUGCAGAUACGAGAGCAUCGAUGGCAAAUGCUAAAAAGUGGAAUGCAAAUACAGCAAACGAUUUUAAAUUACUGUGGAAAGAUAAUGGAAUUAAAACAGCAUUCAGACAAUACAGAGGUACAUAUCAAAUAGAAGAUGGUGCACCUUAUUAUUUCGAUAAAAUAGAAGAGUUAGCUAAUCCUGAAUGGGUACCACUUGAAGAGGAUAUUUUAAGAACAAGAAUCAAGACAGUUGGUCUUGUGGAGCAGCAAUUUGUGGUCAAAGAAAUGAACGUAAAAAGUGGUUGCGUAACUUUGAGGAUGUCGACGCAAUUAUAUAUGUCUGUAGUUUAUCAGAGUUUGAUCAAUCGUGUUAUGAAGAUGGUAUCACAAACAGAAUGA